GAGAGUGGAGUCCGGACCAGACAACAUAUGCAAACCUAUUCCUCCAUUUCUUAUGUUGUUGCUGUUUUGGGUUUUCUUCUCUUUCAUUUUUUCUCUCUGCACCAAAAACCCUAACGCCAUUUUUUUUUAUUAAAAAAACGUUCUUUUGUUUUUCUUUUUUACCACACAGAUCCUUCAACUAUUCUGUAAUUCCGUUUCUUCAUUUUUUUCACCAUCGAAAAACCCUAGCUCCCGUACGGAUUCGAUCGCCGUGUCGUUCUGAAAUCCCGAGUCAAUCGGGUUAGGGUUUUCGAUUCGGGUUGCGGAUCUCUGGUUCUCGGAACCCUAGUUCUUGUUUUGCCCUCUUCUAUGGGCGAGGGGGUUGGAUCUUCCGAGUAAAGAUAGGUGUUGCGGUUCAUCGGCUUCACUUUUUUUGUUUAUCGGGAUCCGGUUUCAUGUAUGGAUUCGGGUACAAAUGAUUUGAAUUCGAGAGAGAGGCUGCGGUGGGGCGACGUUUACAAAGUUUACACCAGAAAGGGUAAAAGGAAGGCCGCUUUUAUAGCCGACAACGACGACGGUGACCCAUACGCCGCCGCCGCUGCGCCGCAGGUCAGUAUUUCCAACGACGAUACCGAGAACGAUAAAGCUGAUGUUCGUGAGCCGAAUCUGAAAACCCUAGCAUCCAGAGGCGAUUGUCAGGAAGAAUCUGACGUUCAACAGCCGAAUACCCAAACCCUAGAAUCGGGAGGACCAAAACGACCGAAUCAAGAGAAUGAAAAACGGGAUGCCAGGCACCAUCUCGUGCAGGCGAAUUCGGAAUUGGGUGAUUCAUUGAGAGUAAGUUCUACACGGGAUGCAGGGCACCUGGAAAUAGUAACAUCGAACGGUGAGAAUAGACAAGAUGAUGGAAUUGGACCCGUGGUGGAAUCCGAGGGAAAUGGUGGAUGCCAACCCAUGGUGCAGGAUAAUCACGUAGAUGAGUUGGAUGGAAGUGCUGAAUAUGGGCCCUUGGCUCAGAGGAAUCACAUAGACAAGCCUGAUGCAAGUCUUGGAUGUCAAGACUCGGUUCAGGGUAAUUGCAUAGGUAACCCUAUUGGAUGUGUUGGAUUCCAGUCAGUGGUGCAGGAUGACAAACCGGAUGAACAUCAUGAAUGCUCUCCAAUGGCUCAAGAUAAUCACUCAGACACACCUGACAGAAGUCCUGGAUGCAAGCCAGUGGUUCAUACUAAUAACAUAAACAAGCCAAAUGGAAGUAUGGAUUGCCAGCCUAUGGUGCAGGAUGAUCACACAGACGAAGAUGAAUGUAGUGAGCCCCUUCCUAUCAUGCAGGAUGGUGAUCACGCAGAAGAACCAGAUGGAAGUGUAGGGAAUCACCAGCCUGUAAUGCAGGACAACCUCAUACAAGAGGCAGGUAGAAGCACCCAAUGCCAGCAGCCCAUCGUGCAGGAGGAUAGUGAGCUGCCGCCAUCUGUAAAGCCCAGCCCUAUCGUCACUAGGGUAGAAGAUAGGGUUAGGAUUAAUAUUUCAGGGGUAAGGCCUGCAGAUGAGAUUCCAGAUCUGAUGAAGAAACUAGAGAGUGAGCUUUAUCAUGUCAAGGUUUUAGUAGAGAAGCUGGAAGCUAGUGAGCAGCACCAGCUAACAGCUUAUGCUAAUAAUACUGUUGAUGUUGGUGGUAUUGGUAGCAGUGGUGGAAAUGUUAUCCCACAUGCAUAUGAGCAGCCACAUUUUCGUAGGAGUUAUGUCAUCAAGAACAGAACAUUAAUGAGAGUGAAUUCAGAGGUAGGUCCUGUUCGGCACCAAUUUAGGCCACCGAGUAUUAUAGUCACAGAAAACAAUCAUGGGGUUGGGGAAUUUGUAGAGAAGGAAAAAAGGACACCGAAAGCCAAUCAGUUCUAUACAAAUGCAGAGUUCUUACUCGGAAAGGACCGUUUGCCUCCCGAAAGCAAUAAAAAGUCUAAGCCGAAUGGUGGGGCUAGGAAGAAGCACGGUGGAGAGUUUGGCCAUGGUUUUGGCUUCGGGUUUGGGUCUGAAAAGCAAAAGAAUCAGGUGUUUAGGAGAUGCAAUGCUCUGCUUCAGAAGUUGAUGAAGCACAAUUAUGGGUGGGUAUUUAACAAACCGGUCGAUGCUUUUGCCCUUCGGCUGCAUGAUUAUCAUGACAUUAUUAAACAGCCCAUGGAUUUAGGCACAGUUAAGAUGAGGCUUUCUCAGAAUUGGUACAAAUCUCCAAGGGAGUUUGCAGAGGAUGUGAGAUUAGUGUUUCGUAAUGCCAUGACAUAUAACCCAAAAGGACAGGAUGUUCACAUUAUGGCUGAUCAGAUGUCCAAGAUGUUUGAAGAGAGGUGGGCAGAUAUAGAGUCCGAAUACAAUCCAAAUUGGAGUCUUCAAGUUUAUCAUGACUCGGGUUUGCCCACCCCCACUUCUACAAAGACAGCUCCUCCUACAUUUGUCCCCACCCCUAUUUUGGCAGCUGGUUUUGGUUCUCAAACAAGGACUUUUGAUAGGUCUGAGUCCCUAACUAGAUCUGCCGAUACCAAAAUGAAGCCAUCUGUGCCUUAUAGGACACCAGUCCCUAAAAAACCUAAAGCCAAGGACCCCAACAAACGGGACAUGACAUACGAGGAGAAGCAGAAACUUAGCACAAAUCUUCAAAGUUUGCCUUCUGAGAAGCUGGAUGCUAUUGUUCAGAUCAUCAAGAAGAGAAACUCAACACUUUCUCAACAUGAUGAUGAGAUUGAAGUAGAUAUUGAUAGUGUUGAUGCAGAGACACUUUGGGAACUUGAUAGAUUUGUAACCAAUUACAAGAAAAGUCUGAGCAAAAAUAGGAAGAAGGCUGAAAUUGCUCGAGCCAGAGCAGCUCAGACUGCUCCUGUUUCGACCCCUUACCCAGUGGUUGCUGAUUCACAGAAAGCAAGCAGAGGUGGAAAAGGGAACUAUUCUUCAGCUGCUUCCCCUGCUGGUCAAGGUGAAACACAGGUGGAUAAUGCAAGUAGGUCCAGCAGCAGCUCAAGUAGUUCUAGUAGUGAUUCAGGAUCGUCUUCAAGUGAUUCUGAUAGUGACAGUUCUUCUGCGUAUGGAUCAGAUGCAGGGCGUUAGCUGAAAGGGCUCUUUGUUGCCUGGAAAAGCACACCGAGUCUUUGUGCUGUCUGAAGAACGCCAGCGAAGUUCUUUUCUGCAGUUGAACUGCCAUAUUUUGAAACUUGAAAAGCUUUAAUGGCCCUGCUAUUAAUAUUGAGAUUGCAAACUUGCAGCAGGGGAAGGAAAGGGUUUUAUGUAUGGAUUGAUUAGGUAGGUCACAUCGUGGUUGAAGAAAG